UUUAUAUUCAUACAGACAAAUAAUAACGCGUAUUUUUUUGGUUCCGAAAUAAUAAUCAUCCGUAAUUUGAGAAGUAAAAAUCAUAUUUAUAUAUAAGUACACUUAUUCUUGCCAUUACUAGAUCAACUAUAGAUGGAGCAAAACAAAAUGGAGGAACCUCUGAUCUCAGGGGGAGGUGAGAAUGAGGAAUGGAGUUCAUAUCAGUAUGUUGGGAGGUCAGGCUCUGUACUUCCGACUUCUUCCUUGGCUGGAACUCAAGUCAGUGUUGAUGAAAUCCGAUCAGCUUCUACCGUCUCUCAUCUUUAUCCUCCGUCUCUUCAUGCUCCCCUCAUCAGCUCUCCGGAGCCCCAUCCUAAUGACCAGGCUAUUGCUUAUCAAGGAUCAUAUGGGGGAGCUUAUGGAACCACUAGUGAAUUUCAAAGGCAAACGCUGGAUGAAGUAGAAAUACGUGAAUUACUCAUUGAUCAUGUUGGUCACCGUUGUUGCUGGGGAAGUAGACCAGCUCGGGCAUGGAAGAUCAGUGCUGUGGAGGACUGCAAUGUUUAUGUUGGUACUCUAGAGACAUUUGUAGAGGAAAGAGAAACCACAGUAGAAAGUGAGCCAUAUCUUAGCGGAAAAAAAUUGCAGAAGGACAAGGACCUAGAACUUGGGAUCUGGGAAUUGGAUUUAAGGUCUGAAUUUCCUGUUCUGUUCACACCAUACAAAGAGUCGCGCACCCAAAUUCCUCACUCUGAGUCCAUUGUAAAAUGUUCAGAUUGUGGUGGUCGAGGCGAUCUUGUUUGUCCAACUUGCAAUGCAGAUCAAGAACAUCAAAUGACUAAGUGCCUUAGUUGUCAUGGAAGAGGUCUAAUCGCUCAUCGCGAUGGGUCCGACACAAUAUGUACAAAAUGUAAUGGCAAGGGACAGAUUGCUUGUGCAACUUGCGGAUCUCGCGGGCUAGUUAAAUGCGGAACAUGCACUGGCAGUGGAUCUAUUUUAACACGGAAAGUAGCUGUUAUUAAAUGGAAAACUGCAUCUACCAGAAAGGUAAGUGCAACCAGCGGAGCUGCCUCUGUGCCAGAUGAGGUCUUCCAUAGAGCCAGAGGGGUGCAACUGUGCAACACUCAAGCCUACCUAUGUACUCCUGCAUUUUUUGCCGAUUCUUACUUCCUCAACAAAUUCUCAUCCGAGGUGAUUGCUGACAGAGCGCCAGUAGCUCCGACUGCACGGGUCAUAUGCGAAAGACAUACCAUAUCUGUCAUCCCAGUUACACGUGUUACCAUGAAGGACCACAACAGAUCAUUCAGUUUCUAUAUCAUUGGUUUCAGCAGGGAGGUCUACCUAAAAGACUACUAUCCUGCCAGGUUUUGCUGGGGUUUGUGCCCAUGCUUGGAGUGGAUAAAGAUAUAACACAAAAAUUACCAUCCCUUGUUUCGCCACAUUGAUCUUUCCUUUGGAUGCAAGUACAAUAAGCCGGUAAUAUGUUUGUCUUUUGGCUUUUAAACACAAUCCCAGUUAAUCACUCCUUGCUAUAUCAUUCGAGGUUUUACAUGCUUCUGGUGACUCCAACCCCUUCACCCCCACACAGAAACUCCUUUGUUUUCUUUAUCUCCGUAUUAUUGUUUGUUUUAAGAUUUUCUCUACUUGAGCUGUUAUUUGUAUUUUGUAAUAUAUUCUUUAUGUGAGAGUGAUUGUAAAUUUAUGUACAUUGAAGAUAUUACUUUAUUCGAAUAAACAAUAAUACAGGAUGA